AUGACUCUGAGCGGAGAGGCGACCCCUCUACUCGGUGCAAGUGGGAAUGGACCAAGCUCCAGGAUCUUGUCCGAGACUUUAGUCUACCCUCUCAUUCAUCAAAUCCGAGUGGAUAUCUUGUCCCAUAUCGACACCCCUUUGACAUAUGAUCAGCUCCUGGCUCCUGACUCUACUUAUACCAUCGUCCGACCAUUGACCGAGAAAUACCUGGAGCUGCAAAAUCAGUCGACCGUCUUCUGUCUGCUUUUGAACAAGGUUCAAUUCGUCCGGGACUCGCAACAGCUCAGUAUCUCCACCUUGUCACUCUCAAGGGCGACGCUAUGUGAGAUUCUGGCGAUCCGGGUACUGCGAGGAUGGUCCGAGCGGUCCUUACCCCUCGCCACGGUCCUCUUGACCCCAUGGGCGAUCUUUCAGGGUGCUUCAGAGGAGAUCAUCGAGAAGACGAGAGAAGAGGAUGAGGAUCUCUUGGAGCACUCGGCAAAUGCCUUGGAGAUGGCUAUUGUGAGCUCGUCUAAGCGGUUCAUCCGAAGUCCAUCCUGCCAAAAGGUCAUAGAGGGUAUAUGGUCGGGACGGAUCAUCUACUCGGCGCAGAAUGUCCGCGCUCUUAUAGCGGAUAACUACAAGAAACGGCCCAUCCAGAUGUACAACCCUCACAAAGCGCCAUUACUUGACCACUACCGUCUGAAAGUGCCCAAGAUCCGUUCCAUCAUCGAGUACAGCAACUUCGUCGUCCUAUUCUUCCUGUACGUUCUAGCGAUGGAGGGUUUGGUGGACUCGAGGAUGAACAAGAGGGAGAUGGCGUUCGUGGUAUACGCAUUAGCAUUCUCUUUGGACAAGCUCGCCGCGGUGCGAGAGAGAGGUGUAAAGGUCUUCAGCAGCUCGUUAGUCAACGGUUUCGACUUGACGUUCAUGGUCAUCUACGCGGUCUAUCUGAGCGCGAGGGUAUACGGCUUUUGGCAGCACGAUGCCGAAGCGCUUCGUCUGGGAGCGAAUUGGCUCGCUAUUGGUGCGGUCCUCAUCUUUCCGCGACUUGCUUUCGUCACGCUCGCGGACAACCUGAUGGUACUUAGCAUCCGCUCGAUGCUGACCGAGUUCUUCUUCCUUAUGGGAGUAGCCGUCUUUUGCUUCUGCGGCUUCGCGUACGCCCUUUUCACCCUCGCACAAGGCCGCUUUGAGCUAUCCCAAAUCGGCUGGUGGUUGCUGGAAGUAUACUUUGGGCUCGAUGCUUCGGGAUUCGAAUCUGCCCACGAUUUCCAUCCAUUCCUCGGUCCGAUGCUCAUGGUCUCUUACGCGCUUUUGUCGAAUACGCUGUUGUUGACUGUGCUGGUCGCUAUCCUCGGAAACACGUUUGCGACCAUCAACGCGGAUGCGGCUGCCGAGUCCAUGUUUCGCAAAGCUGUGGCAACACUCGAAGGGGUCAAAGCAGACGCCGUGUUCAGCUAUCAACUCCCCUUCAAUCUCGUCGCCGUCAUCUUCAUGUGGCCGAUGAGCUACAUACUCAAUCCGAGGUGGUUCCACAAGCUGAACGUGACAAUGAUCCGGGCGUCGAAUUUGCCGGUCUUGUUGUGUAUUGCGCUGUACGAGCGGAACAAAUAUGACGACACGAGCAUGGCGGAGCAGAUUUGGGACUACGUGGAUGACUAUCUGGGUUACUUGCCUCGCAAACUCCGAUCAGCAGCUGGAUUCGACAGCUACACCUCUAGCCAAGAUAUCGGCUUUGUGUUCGAGAUCGAGCGGGAGGUUGGCAGCUUCUACCGGGGAUGGGAUGACGAUAUCCUGGAAGAUGAUCUCCACCUCCUAGGCGAGAGUCAAGAGGACAAGGGCCAGAGUCAACCCGGCUCACCGCCUACCGGACGCGAGACUGAACGCCCGCUCUCAUCCGCCCCGCCACUCACCGCAUCACCCAGCCGGCUCAUACGCGCUCCGGAAACGCCUCGGUCCCGGUCGAACAGCAUGCCCAGCCGAGACCCUUCCCCUGACCGUCCAUCUAUCCCAGCAGGACCUCGCGCCCGACCUCGCCGUAACAGCUCGAUCCAUGAGCCGAGUCCUCUCGCCCGGCUCUUCGUGAAGAGUCCGGACCGGUCUCGGAGACAAUCACUCAUGCAUGCCAUGCUACCCGCCAGCUCCUCUCAUCCCACACUCGCCAGCAUCCUCAGUCCCACGCAACGGCGGAAACACUCGAGAGUCACCAGCCAGCCUAUCGGGGCUAGCAGUCUCGGCCGGACCGAGCCAAAGACGCAGGAGGAGGAACGGCCGCGGGAGGCACCAUGGUCUUUACCGGCCGCGGGACAUAGUCGGGGGCUGAGUAGUCUGGAAGAGAUCCCCGAGGGGUCUAGGCAGGGAACGACGAGGAGCGUCCGUUUCCCCGUCGCCCGGGAUAGCCCAACUCGGUCCGCAAUCGCGAUCGCAGAUGACCAGGUCAGUCCCAUGACGGUCCUUCAACCCACAUCGCCUCGGUCGGAAGAUGACAAGCUGGAGGAUACAAUUGGCAAGGCCUCGCAGGUCGUGGAGGCACUGCGGAUGCCUGGCGUGGGGGAUGCCGUCGUUGCAGUGGGUGAAGUAGAAGAGGUGCGGACGAGGCUGGACGGGAUCGAGAGUCGGCAGAAACGGAUAGAGGAGCUGUUGCGGAUGCUGGUCGAACAAAGGGACAGUACUACGACUCAGGGCGAUGACAGAGCGGACUAA